GCAACGAUGGCGUUUGCCAGACUUGCUGCACGCCGCCAGUUCUCGACGUCCGCGCGCGGAUACCAAGCGAUCGGCUCGUUCCAUACACCAAGCAUCGAUGACAUUUUCUUAGAAGAGUUUCCUCGGGAAAUGCCGUUCCGCAUUCCUCUGACUUCGCCGAUCGCGCGGUUUGGUCAUGACGUCAAGGCGGCCUUCUUCCUUGACCCCACAUGGAUAUUUCUCAAUCACGGUGCUUUUGGAUCGACUCUUCGACUUGCGAUGCACACAGCCCAACAGUGGCGUGAAUAUGCCGAGGAGCAGCCCCUCAAGUUCAUUGACCGCGAGCUCUUCUUCCACCUUGUCGACGCCAUCAAAGCUUUGGCGACGCAUAUUCGCGCGACAUCUCCAAAAGAUGUCGUGCUGCUUCCAAACGCAACGGCGGGACUCAACACGGUCAUCGAAGGCAUGGCAGGUCGCAUGGACCGCGGUGACGCGAUCUUCACCUUUGACGUGGCGUAUGGCGCAGUGAAGAAGCUGCUCCAUCAAGUAUGCUCAGAGCACGACUUGGUAUUGCACACACAGGCGCUUCAUCUCGGCAUUGCACACGACGACGAUGCUAUUCUCGACCUCGUUGCGCGGUCCUUGCCGCCGACGUGCAAAUUAGUCGUGCUAGACCACAUCACGUCCAACACCGCGACCGUUCUGCCCGUCCAGCGCAUUGUCGAGCUGUGCCAUGCCCGCAGUAUUCCCGUCUUGGUCGACGGCGCUCAUGGUCUGCUAAACUUGGAUUUGGACGUGGCAACUAUCGGCGCAGAUUUUUACGUGGGCAACUGCCACAAGUGGCUGUGUUCAACGAAAGGCGCAGCGUUCCUGCAUGUGCAGCCGGAGUACCAACAUCUCAUGCGGCCACGGAUCCAGUCGCAUGGACUUGAUGGCAGCUUCCAAGCACGGUUCCUGUGGACAGGCUUGCAGGACUACAGCGCAAUGCUAACGCUGCCGACGGUCUUGUCGUACUGGAGCCAGGCCCGUGGCGCACGGGAGUACAUGCAUCGCACCGUUGACGAAGCCGAUCGAGAAUUGCGCCGUGUGUGGCAUCUGCCCGAGUUGAACCUACCUGCACACAAACAAUGCGCAAUGCGUCUUGUCCCGUUGCCGUCGAACGUGUUCGGCCUCGUCGCAUCAUUGGCCAAGACAUCGACGGACGCAAAGUACGUACAAGAUCGACUCCAUCACGAGUUCCAUGUGGAAGUGCCCGUCAAAUGCAUCGAUGGGCGGCUUUACCUCCGUCUCUCUGCCCACAUAUACAAUUGCGCCGAGGACUAUGCGUACCUCGGCCACAUCAUCCAUCCGUGAGUAGGGAGCGCGAUGGCGAAGCCACGUGAAACUGCCAAAUGAAAAUGAUUUUCGAAUCCAUGGCGUUUUUUUAGGCGUUUUUUAUUCUCAUUUGAAAAAUACACAUCUGUACAUAACCAGA